AAAAUUUUAUUAAAAUUAUUAUAUAAAAAUAAAACCACCUUUCUCAGAAGUUGACUUUGAGAUGAAAGCCAUAAAGGCUAUGGAGGCCAUGGAGGAAGGUGAUGCAGUGUUUGGCUCUGAGCCUGAACUGAAUUUGGACUCACAGGUACCUUAUCUGGGCUCUUCCACUUGUUUUUUAAACCUCAAGGAAGAGAGCAAGACAAUUGUAGGCCUAGUAACUCAAUUUUCAGAGUCGGUCUUCAGCCGUCCUAACAAAUUUAUGUUGGUGCAGGUAUACUGGUGGCACGAUAAGUACCAACCAAGAAAGCCGAAGUAUUUCAAUCGUGUUCACACUGGAUACGAAUGGAACAAGUACAAUCAGACUCAUUAUGAUCACAACAAUCCACCUCUAAAGAUUGUUCAAGGAUAUAAAUUCAAUAUCUUCUACCCAGAACUUGUAGACAAGACAAAGGCUCCUAAUUAUACUAUCGAGAAGGACAGGAACAUUGAUGAAACCUGCGUUAUAAGGUUCCAUGCUGGCCCACCUUAUGGAGAUAUAGCAUUCUUGAUUGUAAACAAAGAAUGGGAAUACUCUCAUAAGAAGGGCUUCAAGUGCACAUUUGAACGUGGAAUUUUGCAUGUCUACUUCAACUUCAAACAUUACCGCUACAAGAGAUGAUCAUUAAGUUAUAUUGCAAUUUUGUCCCGAAUCUGUAUAUUACAUUAUGAAAUUGUACGAAACAUUUCAUUGAUCUGGUUGUAAUACUUAUUUGUAUGGGUAUAAAAGAGGAACACUAGCAAUUAACAUCUGUUGAAUACAGGCCAAUGGUGUUUACCUACAGUAGUGCAAGAUAAGUUAGAAGGAAAAGCUGAGAGUUUUUACCAGAACAAUUGAUCAGAUGGGCCCUCUGAUUCCAACUUUCUAAGUUCUUGGUGCAAUUGUUGUAUAUAAAACAGGAAUGUUGGUAUGUUAUGAUCGUUGAUCAUGAUUAUGAUGAGAUUGACUCACGAUAUAGUGCUUGUUGGGAUG